AUGGACAAUGUUUCAUACGAUUCGGUAAAAAAGGACCCCAUCCCUACAAUAGCCUGGAAAAAAGACAAAAUUGUUGAAUGGUUGACUUCAAAAGGCUGUAAUGUGAAUACGUCGUUGGUGAAAUAUCUGUUGUUGGAAAAGGUGCAGGAAAUUAGACAUCAUUACGACAAAUACAUAAUCGAUGAAGAAGCUUUGAAAUCAAACAAAACCGUAUUGCGUCUUCCGCCUUACCACUGCGAAUUGAAUGCAAUAGAAAUGGCGUGGUCGGUUGUGAAAAAUCACGUAAAGAACAACAACACUCCAUUUAAAAUAAACGAUGUAAGACAAUUAUUGAUCGAUGGCAUCAGAAACGUUACACCAGACAUGUGGGCCAAUUUUGUAAAUCAUACAAUAAAGGAAGAAGACAAAUUGUGCACUGUUGAUAGCAACACUGAUGAAUUAUUAGAUCAACAAGAUACAUAUCAUGUCAUGCAAAUCACAGGGGACACUUCUUCCGAUUAUUCAGAUUAA